UGCCACACCGAGACGAUCCCGAAAAGGUUUCAUUUUUGACAUCUACCUUUUACCUAUCACCAGCAGCUUUGCAGGAGGAUUUUGCGGCGGAUACAGGUCUAAUCGUGCACCUAUGGGGAUCAGUAAGACGUGCCGAUGGGGCAGUUGGCAUCCAAACAUGACGAGCUGGUCCCUGGCGUUCUCCCUCAUGUCCGCUUCUCAACCAAUGAGGAAGGGCCUCCCAGGUACUCUCCACACCAUUUUGACAGCAGCAGCCAGCAACAAAAUGGUCACCUCCAAAUUCCUCCAACCAUCGUUGUCUCGGAUGUGGAUUCAAGUGCAUCAGGACGCCAGGGCUCGAGGAUUGAGCUGCGGAGAUCUUCCUUAUACAGCACGUUAGACCUGGUGCCACAGCUGGAGCAUUAUGCCGGCACACUGCCACACUUGCAGGCGAGGGGCCGUCCAUCUCUCGAGGCUCUCCGCAGUGCAUUUAAGGUGGAGGCGGGUACAGAGGUCACCACCUCAGACUCUGGAAUCAACAGUCUGCCAGACAGUGGAAAUGAAGAGUCACAAGCUCCCCAGGAGAAAUCUCCGGUUAGAUUUGGCUGGGUGACUGGAGUCAUGGUUCGUUGCAUGCUGAAUAUUUGGGGAGUCAUCCUGUUUCUCCGCCUAUCGUGGAUCACUUCUCAGGCAGGCAUUGUGUUGACCUGGAUUAUUAUCCUGAUGUCUGUGUUAGUGACCUCAGUAACGGCCCUCUCCAUCUCUGCCAUUGCCACCAACGGGAGGGUGUUCUCAGGAGGAGCGUAUUUCAUGAUCUCCCGCUCUCUGGGUCCUGAAAUUGGUGGACCAAUUGGAAUGGUCUUUUCCUUCGCCAACGCUCUGGCCUGUGCGCUCAACACCCUUGGCUUUGCAGAGGUGGUCCGUGAUCUAAUGCAGGAGAUGGGCGUUGUCAUGGUUGACUCAAUCAACGAUGUCCGUAUUGUGGGCGUGAUCACUGUGACUAUUCUUCUGCUCAUUUCAUUUGCUGGAAUGGAGUGGGAGUCUAAAGCCCAGAUUUUGUUUUUUAUAGUUCUCUUGGUCUCGUUUUCCAACUACUUGGUGGGCACAAUCAUCCCGCCCAGCCGAGAGAAACAGUCCCAGGGCAUCUUUAGUUACCACAGUGAGAUCUUCAUAUCGAACCUGAAACCUGACUGGAGAGGUCCUGAAAGCAACUUUUUCCACAUGUUUGCCAUUUUCUUUCCCUCCACCAUUGGCAUCCUGUCUGGAGCCAACAUCUCUGGAGACCUCAAAGACCCUGCUACUGCUAUCCCAAAAGGCACCCUCAUGGCCAUUUUAUGGACUACAUUGAGCUAUCUAGUUAUCUCUGUAACUGUUGCGUCAUGUGUCGUGCGGGACGCCUCUGGGAAUAUAAGUGACAUUUUUACUGGAAACAUCACUGAUGGCUGUGUGGGUCUGGGAUGUAACAUGGGCUGGAACUUCACAGAGUGCAUCCAGUCACAGUCUUGUGAAUACGGUCUGGCAAACAAUUUAAAGGUACUGGGCCAAAUUUCAGGUUUCUACUACCUCAUCACUGCUGGGGUCUUUGCAGCCAGCUUGUCGUCUGCCCUCGGCUUCCUGGUCUCCGGCCCUAAAGUCUUUCAGUGUCUGUGCAAAGACAAUAUCUACCCGUACAUUGGAUUCUUUGCAAAGGGCUAUGGGAAAAAUCAUGAACCAAUCCGGGCCUACAUACUCUGCUACGUCAUUGCUUUGGCCUUCAUUCUCAUUGCUGACCUGAACACCAUCGCAGCCUUGAUCUCCAAUUUCUUCCUGUGUUCCUACAGCCUCAUCAACUUUAGCUGCUUUCACGCUUCAAUCACCAACUCCCCCGGUUGGAGGCCGUCGUUUCACUACUACAGUAAAUGGACAGCUUUGUUUGGAGCCGUGAUCUCAGUCGUUUUGAUGUUCCUGUUUACCUGGUGGGCCGCUCUCACCACCUUCUGCAUCAUCUUCUUUCUCUUUGGAUACGUCAACUACAACAAGCCAAAGGUAAACUGGGGUUCGUCAGUCCAGGCAGGAACAUACAACAUGGCUUUGUCUUACUCCUUCUCUCUGUCUGGUGUCGAUGAUCAUGUCAAGAAUUUUAGACCGCAAUGUCUCGUCCUGACUGGACCGCCAAACCAGCGCCCGGCCCUGGUGGACUUUGUUGGCUCCUUCACCAAGCAUAUAAGCCUCAUGAUCUGUGGAGACAUAAUCACGGAGAGGCAGACUCGGGCGCAGGAUGCCACAGAUUGGUUGGUGAAGUGGAUGAACAAGAGGAAGGUGCGCUCCUUUUACACUCUGUUCACUGCUGAUAGCCUCAGAGUUGGAGCUCGACACCUGCUACAGGCUUCUGGACUUGGCAAGCUGAAGCCCAACACUCUGGUCCUGGGCUUCAAGGCAAACUGGAGGGACAGUUCUCCUGAAAGCAUUGAAGAUUAUAUCAACACCAUAUAUGAUACCUUUGACUCCAAUUACUGUUUGUGUAUCUUGAGGAUGAUGGACGGCCUGGAUAUCUCAGACCUGUUUGAUUUUGAAGUAAACCAGGGCUUUGAACCAGAUGAAUCAGUUGAAAAUGACAACCAGCAAUCUCCUGAGAGGGAAUCAGCUGACGACAUCUCCGAUAAAGGCGACAGUGAUCAGAUCAAGACUGUGUUUCAGAAUGACCAGGGGAAGAAGACCAUCGACGUCUACUGGAUCGCUGACGACGGAGGUUUGACUCUGCUGGUUCCUUACCUGCUCACCAGGAGGAAACGCUGGCACCGCAGUAAGAUCAGGGUCUUCAUCGUAGGAGACGAACAAAACAUGGAGGAAGGCCGCAACGAGAUGAUCGCUCUUCUGAAGAGGUUUCGUUUGGAGUUCAACAACGUUACAGUCAUGACGGACAGCGAGAGGCGUCCACACACCAAGAACCUGAGUAGGUUUGUGGACAGUGUCGCCCCCUUCAUGCUACAUGAUGAACAGCAGGAAGUGGCACAAAGUGCCCCAUGGAAGAUAUCAGACAAAGAGUUUGAGGCCUUUAAACUUAAGUCUGAGAGAAAAGUAAGACUGAAUGAAAUUAUCCGGAGGAAUUCUCAACAUGCUGCUCUUGUGCUUGUGAGUCUUCCUGUGCCACACAGCGAUUGCCCCAGUGCUCUGUACAUGGCCUGGCUGGAUACUCUGACCUGUGGCCUCCACUGCCCCGUGGUGCUGAUACGAGGGAACCAGCAGAACGUGAUCACUUUCUACUGCUAGUGCAUCCUGUCUUGGACACUAAAUUAAGCCACACAAACCUAAUAAGUAAACGCAUACUAUGCUGUCCUGGGUUGUUCACAGGUUCUGCAACAACCAGUAUGUGUUCAUCCGCAGCUGCAGACACUGUAAAUCUGAAGGCACCAAAAACCAACGUGAGAUGUCUUACUCGGGGUGUUAAGUCACCUCCAGGACAGCUUCAUUGCUCCUUGACAUAAAUACUACAGCUUUCUAAAGGGGUGAACACCAUCUUUCAAAAGAUAUGGCCUCAUUUGAUGCUGUCGAACAUGUUGUUCCACAAUCCUUCGUUAAUGUUCAGUUGGCUGGAGAUCUUUUGACUGUGAAGAUCUUAGCAUAUGAGCUAUAGCUUAAAUUGUGUCAUUUAUUACACCCGUAUGCCCCGAGCACAAAAUAUGUCUUUGUUAUGCUUCUCUAGUCGUGUAUCCUUCUAAUAAUUCUUUUAAUUUAUUUUUUACUGGGAAAACUAUCCUUGUAGCCGAGAAGAACACUUAAUUAAAUGGUUGUCAUUACUAUCUUUCUGGUAGAACUCAGGCAGUAGUUCCCAAAGGUUCCAUAUCAAGUGCUCUUAAGGUUUGUAUAGGUGUCCCACAGGGGUCUAUUCUUGGUCCGCUGUGUUUUGAGAAAUGAACUUCUCAAAAUGUGCUUGUUUCUGUGAGAUUAGUGCUAUUUACUAAGCUUGACAUACUUAUCAGUAUAAUAUAUUAGAAUUUUUGGUAAAUAAAAUGUCCGCCACUUUAUUUGAACAUGUUAUGAGUAUAAAAUGUAUGCUAUAAAGUGCUCUCCUACAAUAAAACGGAAACUAGAAUUACCGCCUUGCAGUUGUAUGCCGCAGCCAACCAGUCAUGUUGCAGUUUACAUCCAUGUCUGUCCAAAAUGUCAUCACUUCAUCGUUUUAUCUAAUUAGACAUUUGUGUGAAAUUGUCAUAUUUAGCGUAUGAAUUUUUAAGUAUUGACCAAAAACCUGUUUUGUGAGGUCACGGUGACCUUUGACCACCAAAUUCUAAUCGGGUCAUCCUUGAGUC